AUGAAAGCUUGUCGACUGAAGGAGAAUGGGAUGGAAGCAAUCAGGAUUCUCCACAAGUAUGGCGGUGAUGUGAAUGCUCAGGCUCAUCCACGUCAGGAUUUACGUACACCUCUACACUACGCCCUACUUAGUGGUAGUGCCACUCUGGUGAAGUUCUUAAUUGAGCUCGGCGCCAACGUCACUAUGCCAAAGGGUUACAACAAGCCGUCCAUCAUCGAUAUCGCUGUACUCAAAGACGAUCCCGAACUUCUCAAAAUCAUAAUAGACGCUGGAGCUGAUGUAAACGCCAUUCAUACCUACAUUGGCUCAGCCCUUCAUCUUGCCGCAUGUUCAGUUCUGGAACAUCAGUAUGAGAUUCUUCGUCUUCUACUUGAAGGCGCGGGGAGCAAGAUCCCAAGCAAAUACAGCCAUCGCCUCUUCCGAUGCAUGGCUUCAAGCUGA